AUGAGCCAUGGUGCUGGCGGCAAUAACGACGAUGACGAGCUUUACAAGUAUGUUCUCAAGGUUGUGAUAUUAGAGUACACAAACGAGGUGAGGUUUAGAACGCCUAUUCUAUCAGCAAAAGACCCAAAAAGACAGCAUGUUGUUGCUAAUAGACGAAGCAUGUUGUUGGACUCGACCUUACCCAACUAUGCCAUGAAAGGGUUGAAAGCACAAUUACAGGAUAUAAUGACCAAGAAAAAUGGACUUGUGAAUGAAAAGUGCCGAAGAUCUUUAUUGAGAUUGUACGGCGACCUCCUCGAUACCAAAAACGAAUACGAGCUAAAGAAUAUAGAUUUUUUGAUACCCAAGUUUGCUGCUUACGCCAAUCAAGAAUUGAAAAAAGUGGGAAUUAUUGAUGAAGAGGAAAUCACGACUAGCGUAUUCAAGCAAACGACCGAUUUCAUUGACAUGCUCUUGACAGUUUUGAGAAGCAAAAAAGAGCCGGAUCAAAUUAUCAUAUCAAAGCUAUUGGAGCGCAGAGACGAGUUUGCUAAAAACCGGAUAAAGAACGAAGCUAAGGAGGAGGGGGCGACGGUGCUGAAGUAUCCGACUAAAUCAUAUAGGGUUGAAGAUAUGAACGAUCGACUAGUGCAAACUACAAAAGACCUUUUCCAGGUAGAUAAUGUAAAGAUUCAAACAGAUGUAUUCAAAUACAAGGAUACGGCAUUAGCAAGUUGUGCACAUGAUGAUAUUUCAAAAUUGAAAUUGAAACUCGAUUCUCUACAAAGAUUUGCAAGUGAAGACGAUCUGAUCGCUUGGACAAGGCGACGAAGUAAUUUGGAGUUGCAGGUGAAAAACAGGUACAAGACUGUAAACAAGACAAAUAGCCUCCCAAAGAUACCGCCGAAUGAAGAGUUUUAUAUGUUGCCGAAGGCCUCCCAGAUAAGAAAAUUAUUCAUUCGAUUGUCAGUUUUAUUGACUGAAUUAGAAAUCAAACAAAAUAACAAUAAGGGUCUUGUUGAAAAAACUGUAAUAAGUCCCCAAAAAUUGGACUUUUUAAACUUGAUAGCAAGGUUAUGGUUAGUUGAUUAUCCAACAAGAGCGGCUGCAUUGUUUCAUGCAUGUCAUGCUUGUAAUGCGCUUUUAUCAAAGGAAAAUUCAGAAUCCUCUCAAACCGUGUUUUUGACAACAAGCAUCAAUAUUAUGAAUGAAUGCAGGGAGAUUGUUGGGGAAGGCAAUAUUGAAUGGGAGCAAAAGAAAAAUUGGAGUCUCGAUGACCAAAAGCUAUGGGAAGAAAGCUUGAUUCUCUCGCAUAAUCAGGUUUUCCACUCGUUUAAAGAUUGUUUUUCUGCUAUUUUCAACGAAACCGAAAAGGUUAAAUUUGGACCUUAUCUUGAGUAUCUUGAAGUUCUAGAAACAGACCCAUUAUUUGACCCACAGGUGUCACUAGAAUUGACCAAAAAAUGGAAAAAACGACUUACCAAAACACUACUUAAGGUUGGCGCUAAAAGGUAUGAAAGCUACCUUGAGAAGUUGCCCCGUGAUGAUAAUUUGGGCGUUUUAGAACUAUUGAAAAUAUGCGACGCCAUUGUUAAAGAUAUAAAAAAGUUGCAAAAAAAGUACAAAUCCCCGUUUUUGGGAGUUUUGAAUAUAGCUCAAACAGUUGCUUCGGUUACAACAGGUAUGUUUGCCAGCGAUGCAAAAAUGAUUUUCAAUCACAUAGAAGCAUAUUUUGCAUUGCGUGGAGAACAAAUAGCUACCGCCGAUGCUCUAGAAGUUUACCAACUGCUUCGAGAGAUUAGAGACAUUUAUCAACAAGUUUCAGUUUCUCAAACUCCGUUUCAAUUUGAUUUGGAAGCAAAAUUCUUUCCUUACUUGAAUACAUGGGUAGAAGAAUCGGAUGAAAAACUUCAAAAGAUUGUGGACGAAGCUUUGAAAAAGGAUGACUAUAUUCCUCUUGAUCUUAGCGACAACGAGCAACGAAGUAGUCGCGCCAUUUUGGACACAAUGUCAAUCAUCAAGCAGUAUCUUCUGAUACUAGGUAAACAGAACUGGAACGACGAGUUUCAGUUGGCCCAGUUAUACACCAAAUUGCUUCGCAGUAUCUCCAACGGUGCAAUAUAUUACUCUCUCCAAAUAUCCUCCAAGAUCAAUAACGAGUUAUUCAAACCGGAAAACGAAGAGCCAAAAUCAAAUUGGUUGAACGAAGUUAAAAGUGUGGUGAACAACAUACAAAAUUUUACAAAGUCCGAACCAGAAGUUGUCUUCAAUUUCGAAGCACAGACUUGCGUUGCUCUCAACAAUAUUGCCGCAUUGAUGGAAAACUUGACUAAACUCGAGGGUCUGAUUGACCCGGAACGUAUAUCCCAAUCACUUGUGCUGUAUGAUCCAAGCUUAGGAGAGAAAUUUUUCAGUCACGUGGUUACGUUAAGGGUGGUAAGAGCAGAGAACCUCUGUUUGUAUAAAGAUCCCACAAUUAACAGAAUAAAUCCGUAUGUGUCGUUGAUUGAUGUCGUUAACAAAAAGUCAAUUGGACGGACAAGAUCGAUGAAAAAAACCUUGGACCCCGACUGGGACGAGGAGUUUGAAAUAACCUUACCAGCAGACUCUACGCUUGAGUUGUCUGCGAUGGUUUGGAGUGAUAACAUGGGACAGCACCAAGUUUGCGGGAAAACGUUUUUUGAACUUGAUCCAAAGAAAUUCAAACACAAUGGUUUUCCCGAGGAGAUUGUUUUGGAUCUUGAUGUGCUGGGGAAAUUGGUAAUCGAAGUUGCAGUGGAGAGUGAAACGAUGGAUGCAAUGUUUGCAAUGGGACGCGCAUACAGAGCUUUGAAUCGGGUCAAGGCAAAGUCUGUGAGCUUAAUGGUUGAAAAGUUUCUGGGAUUUAUUGAACAUUGUUUCUCCAAAUCAAACUUGAAAACAGUUUGUGCAAAAGGUCAGCCGGCAAAGAUUGAAGUAGAGGCCUCAGUUGAAAACUUGUGUGAUUAUUUAAACUUAAAUUUGAGCGUUUUGAAACAAUACUUGAGAGACGACAUUUUUAUGGAGGUUAUGCUAGCUGCUUGGAAAGAGCUUAUUAGAUGUGCUGAUCAGUUGUUACUACCAAAGCUAUCAAAGGCUAAGAUUGGCACUGAUUCCAAGAGCUGGCAAUCAGUAUCCACAAAAAUUGCCACUGUUUCAUUAUCCACUAUGAACAUGUUCGGUUACCAUAGUCCCUUGUCUGUUGUUGAAAUCGAGACCGUUUUGCGCUGGCUAGACUUGCUUACGGAAUUUUUUCACAAUGAAGGGAAUGGACCAUCUAUCGAAGAAUUGAAAAAUAAUCGGUAUCAGUCGAUUCUACUUAUCCCAGCAUUUUACGAUCAACCAGUGGAGCAUCUUAUGGAAGAAAUUGAGAGAUUAGCACCUGCAUACGUGCAAAUGCUAACAGCUCGCAAUAACUUGAGCAGUUUGAAAGGAUCAGAUGGGUUUUUGAAAAGAGCAGGAAGUCUCUCGCGUAGCACAACCAUAUACGCCAACGCUACGAGUAAAACGAGAGCAGAAACGGCAAAGUAUACCCAAGAAGCUCAAACGGAUCCCUAUUUAAGCAUGAUCCUGAAAGAAGACAUAAUUUUGAGAAUUCUACUAGCUCGGGGUCAAAAGAAAUUUGUUAGGCGGAGACUUAAAGAAAGAACAAAGAUUGCUUACAGCUUGGCAACGGAGCGAAUGGCUAAGAUGGCUGCCGAAAAGAAUCUUUUGCGGUGA